CAAUUUUCUUUCAUUCAUGUGUCAGUCGGUUUCUUUUACACGCGGUGUUCGGUUCGUGUAGUGUGCCUGUUUGUUCGUGCGUGCAUUUUUAGUUAAUUAUUAUUUGGUGCAAUUUUAUAAAUAAUUUGACUGGAAGACACUCAUAUUCUCAGAACUGUGUGCUGGUAUAAUGAAAUUGAAUCAUUUCAUUGAUAUGCUUUCAUAUUCUAUAGGAUAAGUUUUGAGUUCUUGGAAGUUGGAUUGUAUGAUUGUCAAAUAAGAUAACGAUGUGGUUCCUCGCAGUGCUGUGCGUAUUCGCGGCCCGGGUCUUCGCCACUGCCGGUUAUUACUGUUCUGUGAACACCUUCACCACCAACUCUUCAGGGAUGUACUUCACCAAAGAGCCGGUCUCACACGAGUAUGGCUUCGAAGACAAGUUCAAGAGCAUCCACUGCUGCGUCAAGGGAUAUAGAAGUAUUGAAUGGUUUAAAGAUGGCGUGGCGUACCCUUGGUCGGCUGGGAUGUCCAAUCUGAUCUUGUACCCAGAGGCGGCCAACCAAACACUAUACACGCGAAGAGCGUCCCGCGCGGACUCCGGAGACUACACGUGCCGGCUCACCAACGAGACCCACAGCGAGACCCAUUCCGUGCGGCUGGACAUUCUAGAUAAACCAAACGAUACACCGCGUACAAUGUUCAUAUCUCCAGACCAAUGGUUGGAUGAGGGUGAAGAGUUGCGAUUAUUCUGCGAAGCUCUCGUGGGAAAGUCGUACUUGGCAGACGCUCGGAGUGACCUGCGUUGGCGCAGACUACUGCCCAAUGGUACGGAGGUCGAUCUGCUGCCCACGCACACGGAGAUCAAGACUCAUCGUGACGACGUGAUAGACAUUCGAGGCGUGUAUCUGACUGUGGAUCGCAUCACUCGUCAGGAUUUCGGUACUUACGUGUGCGAAGUACACAGCAACGACGCCAGGACGACGAGCAACGUCACCGUGCAUGAUCGAUUCGCACGCCUAAUAGACGGCGGCGGGCCGUGGCGCGGCGCGGCGCCGGUGUCGUGGCGCGCGGUGGCGGGCGCGCUGAGCGGCGCGGCGCUGCUGGCGCUGUCGCUGGCGGCGCUGCGCCGGCGCUGCUGCCCGCGCCUGCAGCUGGCGCUGCGGCAGGCGAGGGCCAGGGCUGCCACCGCCGCGCACCACGCGAGAGUGUUGGAAAAAGAGUUCGACGUGCUGGUUUGCUACACGAGCGUAGACGGCGAGUUGGUUCGCGGCGCCUUACUGCCCACGCUCUCGCUCAAGUAUAAGUACCGGCUGAAUUCACUGCUUCUCAACACAGGCCCUGACAACUGGUACAACGAGAUAAUGGGCGAGAUGUCCCACUGCCGCUCCGUGGUGGUGGUGGUGUCUCCGGCGCAGUACUCCGCGCAACAAUUACUGACUGCGUUGCGACAACUCCGGGCACUGCCGCUACCGCCGGUGUUAGUCUUGUUGCAGGACCUGCCGAAGCUGAAGCGCGAAGCUAAAGAGAGCGGCGAGACUCUGGUGGAACUCGUGCGGAGGUCGCGGCUCGUGCCGUGGCGGCACGUGCACGAGCGCGCCUUCUGGACGCAGCUGCGGCUCGAGCUGCCGCUGCCGCCGCCGGUAGCGCUCACACAGGUAAAAACAAGCGCUUCCGAAACGAUAGAAGAUAAAAGCCAACGCACGAGCAGUCUGACUGCGCUCGUGUAAAGUUUACUACUUGCGUAGCGUUUAGAGUGGCAGCUGUGUUCGAAUGAGUGUUGGACACUGACAACUAGUGCGCGAGUGCCUGGUAGAAACACGCAAAAGGACUACCUAUAUCUAAAACCAAGAUUUGAAGAACGCACUCAACUAUAACGGAGACUGCCAUUAGUGUUAUUCCAAUAAGUUUUAUGAAAUCACAUAACGGUAUACGGAGUUGGCAGCAGACAAUGUUCUGUAUAUCUAAGAUCUCAGUGUGUUCUACUUUCCAGCGCCACUAUAUUUAAUUUUUCCAUUUCUCUUUCUAGUGCCAAAGGAAAGUAGCGAAUUAUAUGCAUGACAAUGUAUUAUUACACUGGACAGCAAAUAAACCGGGCCACCUGCUACCUAAAAACUCUAAUUAGAUUUCCUCAAAAAGUAUAACAUAUACAAAUUUCGAAUUAUACCUACGGAAAGUGCGUUUCAUGACGAUUAAAAUAAAUGGAAACACAUUGUAAUCAAUUAAUCAAAUUAAGUGUUUAAAGAUUUUACAAAGAAGUGUCGUUUUGUAGUCAUACAAAUGGUAAGUAAUUACAAGUUAAAAAACAAAAAUUAAUCCGGAAACAAAGAAAAAAGUGAAAAAAAAGUUUUUGGUCAGUAUUCAGUGUUCCCUCCCCUUGCUCGGACAACUGCUAGCAUCCUCGUAUUCAUUGACCUCACGAGCCUGACGAUGAAAUCUUGGGGAAUUGCGUUCCAUUCCUCUUCAAUUGCGAUUCGCAGCUCUGGAAGCCUUGUUGGAGCAGGUACCCGGGCUCGAACCCGACGUUUCAGCUCAUCCCAUAAAUGUUCUAUCAGAUUCAAGUCUGGGCUUCGAGCUGGCCAAUCCAUCGUAUGAAUGCCGACGUCGCGUAGGUACUGGGUCACCACGUGAGCAACAUGAGGCCGUGCAUUAUCAUGCAUCAACUGCAUAUCCUGGCCGAUAUAUCCUGCGUAAGGUACCAAAUUGUCUGCGAGGACUUCAGUAAUGUAACGAUGCGACGUUAGUCCACGUGUAUGGCCCAUCGGUUGAAAACCAACGCAGUACGUGCGGUUAACGAGAUGCCGCCCCAGACCAUUAGAGAUCCUCCUCCAUAUGCAACAGUUUCUUCGAUGCAACACUGAGAGUAACGUUCUCCAAGGCGACGAUAUACUCUCUGACGUCGAUCACUACCAUGUAGGCUCACCCUGGUCUCAUCAGUGAAGAGCACAUUACCCCACUGCUCUAACGUCCAAUCCAUAUGCCCUCGAGCAAAUUCAAGUCGUGCUCGACGGUGAGCUACGGUUAAUGCUGGACCUGUAGCAGCUCUUUUUGGAGUCAGGUUCCGUUCAGCAAGUCUCCUCCUUACAGUAUCUGUACUUAUGCUCACUUGGCGUUCAUCACGCAGACUUUGUUGAACCUGAACUGCGUUGAGGCGACGAAUUCGUAGAACAGUAAGUUGGAUAUAACGAUCAUCUGCUGCUGAUGUAGCCCUAGGUCUGCCCGUACCUGGGCGGCGAUUGAAUGCUCCAGUCUCUAGGUAUCGUUUAUAAACUGGUUGCACCAAAGAUCUGCUGAUUCGAAGUCUUCGAGCGACCUCACGUUGCCCAAUACCUGUCUGAAGGAGCGCUACAGCUUGAGCUGCUUCCUGAGGUGUCGUAUCCAUUAUUGAUCGAAAAAAGUAGCAAAAAUACACGCGUCUGAGCCAACGAUACACAAACACUAAAGAAAUGAAAAGAAAUAUCCAACUUCCCUCACUGCAGAAAAAAGAUCCCAAAACGCGAAUUUAUUCAAAACAGAGCAAAUCGUUAGCAUUGUGUUUGUUACUUAAUUACAGUGUGAGUUGACGGUACUUAAGAUUAAAUUUAUACUCAUUUUAAUCGUCAUGAAACGCACUUUCAGUAAGUAUAAAUUGAUAGUUGCAAGUGUCAUACUUUUUGAGAAAAUCGAAUUAGAGUUCAAAGUUAGCAGGUGGCCCGGUUUAUUUGCUGUCCAGUGUAUUUGUAGGCUACGAAGGUUGUUCUUAUUUAGGUUCUUAUGGUAAACUGCUCUCAAGUUGUACCUUCAAUUUAAGUCUAUUUAUUCUAUUUAUCUCACGGUCUAUGCGAUUCUUCUUUAAUUUGGAAUGUCUAUUUUUUAUUUUUAUUACUUAAGUAGUUUGCUUUAGUUUUUUUUUAUACUAAGCGUGUAUGACAUGCCAGUAAUAAUAUCCUGUAUGUACAUUGCCUAAUGUCACACGCACGUAUGUGAACUGUUUAAUACUUUAGAAUUUUCUAUUUAAAAUUGUACUGAACUGAAGGAAUGUCAGGGUCUGUGAUAAUAAUGGAAGAAUGAAAAAUGUGUUUGAUGUCAAAAUUUUUGUGUGGAGUGUGCUGCACACUCAAAUUUGGUUGAUACUCCUUAUAAUGGUGUAAGUCACGGUUUGGUAUGGAUGAAAAUAGGACUUGUUCCGUAUUUCUUAUAGUAAUAGAAAAUAUGCCUAAACUAUAACGGUGACGGUGUUAUGCAGCAGAAGCAUCCUGAUAAUAGUAGUAUUUGCAUAGUUAUUGAUUUUUCUUUAUUUACAUUGUAAUGACACUAUGACCGGCCAUUAAAUUGAAAUCUGAGCGAAAACAUGAGAUUGUUUAAAGGCAAGUUAUGUCGCUUCACUACAGUUAAUUCUAAAAUAUUUGUAUUAUUAUUUUUCGUGUCAUUACCAAAACAAAGAAAAACAAUCGGAACCUCAUGUGCUACAAUAAACAAUGUAUUUUUGUAUCUUAGGUUAAACUGAAUGUUUGUUGUAAAUAUUGAUAGGGUUUAAAGUAAUAGUUUAUACUUGAAAGUGAGUAUUAACAAAUUUCUAGUAAUUUUGUAGCAUUAUUUCUUACAUUCCGUUGAAUUUUUAGUUUUAUUGUGAAAAUGUAUAUGUUCAUUGUAAGUUUAUAAAAAGGAGUAUUUUUUUUUUUAUAAAUUCCUAAUAAUA